AUGUCUUUUGGCGGCUACAGUUCCUAUGCCAAGUCGAGGCAAUACACGAUCUUCGCGUUGCUGAUCCUGCAAACGGUUGUAAUCCUCUGCCGCUGGGUGUUUCUGCUCGACAUCCUGGGCGGGUUCAUUAUGGCCAUCGCGACAGGCUUCGGCUGGUAUGCGUACAAGGAGGAGUUGAAUGGUACCUUUCUGUGCUACUGGGGGCUCAUGUGCUUCAUCAACGGCAUCUUUGAUCUUGUGAAAUUCAUUGACUUCUGGGUCCAUUCUCCGUUCCCUCUCUUUUCCAGCAAUAUGCCUUUCAGUUCGAACCUACGAUCCGUGAUCUUGAUCCUGGUCCCCAUUGUCACACUGCCUGCAGCCCUUAUCGCGUGGUACAUAUACAAGGAUGCUGAGAGUGGAGGCCAUGACAUGACAUGGCAUAGCAAUUGCGUCAGUUGCGUAACAUGA